AUGGAAUCAAAACUUAAACUCAAAAAUAAAUAUAUAUAUAUAUCUAAUUCUUCUAAGAACAAAAUGGAGAUGAUUGCGAAGCCCGAAGGAACCAAGGCCGACGAUUUCGAGAUCGCCGUUGCCAACGAGAUUGCUGAGAUUGCCAAGAAGACCAAGGAUCUUGCCCAGCCCCUGAAGUCCUUCAAGAUGGCUGCUGCGAAGGAGGUGUCCGUCGCUGGAGACAGGAAAGCUAUUGUGGUGUUCGUGCCCUACAAGCUGUUCAAGAACUUCCGUCUGAUUCAGUCUCGCCUGACCGCUGAGCUGGAGAAGAAGUUCGAGGGACGCCCUGUGGUGUUCGUGGCUCAGAGAACCGUUCUGACCAAGGAUUACAAGCGCUCUCACAAGUUCGGAGGUGUCCGCCCUCACAACCACACCGUGUCGGCUGUGCAGGACGCCAUCAUUGAUGAUCUGGUGUAUCCUUGCGAAUGCGUCGGAAAGCACACCAGCAUCAACGGACGCUCUGGAAAGGUGAUCAGAGUGUUCUUGGGACCCCAGGGACAGCAGGAGGUGGAGAACAAGCUCGAUGCUCUGUCCACCAUCUACAAGAAGCUGACCAACAAGAAUAUUGUGUUCGAGUUUAAGAAUUAGUUUUUGGGUUAAAAUCGUGUAUCAUAAUAAAUGUUUGUUUGAAUUACUUUGUAAGACAAAGUGAUGAACAACGAGAUUCGAACAAAUGUCGUUGUUAUGGAUGGUUUGUAUAGUGUAUAUGAUGGAUUGGUGUUCUCAAUUGAAGACUGCGGUGUGCCAGGUGAAUAUCAAUAUUGAUAUGCGCUACUCUGCGAUCGAGCGAUGGCUUGUCGAUUGUGUAUUGUGCGAACGAUCUGUUUUGAUGAUUUAGGUGAAAGACCACGAGGUACGAGAGUCUCCUGUAAUAAACUUU